UAGAUCCUUCCAACCUCUUCGAUCUCCUUGCAUGUACAGCCAAACUUCGUGCGUCGAACCUGCGACUUUCUGCAUUCGAUGAUGCCCUCGGGUCUCUUCUCCCGAUCUCCGUGAAGAACGAGCUGGAUUGUCUCGACACAGUCAAUCUCGUGACGCGAUUCCACACCUAGAUCCACGACCUCGAACCCGAUACCUCCCGAGUCGACCAAUCUUCUCAAUGCUACGCAUGGACGGGCAUAUAUGCAGCAUUCGUCGACGGGGAUUCUCCAACACCUCGCCCAACUGCGUGUGCUGCUCACCUGGUUACUGAAGGAAGAGCGGUUUAGCAUGUUUCGUGUCGGCGGAUAGGUCUAAAGGGUAUUCCCGUCACUGUGGUUGCAUACACUCCCGGUACGGCAGCUCGGGCUCGAAGUGCUUUGAGCCUCGACUCAGUUUCCUCACGACAAUCACCUCGAAGACGCUCUCCUUGGCCGAGGUGCAGAUGGAUGCCUGGCAACCGAUCUAUGUCGCUUUCAUCCUUACGGCGACUGAAAGCGGUCAUGGCGAUCAACAGAUCCACCGGGCCCAGGUGCCGACACGGAAAGCUCAUUUUGUAUUCCUCUCAGCUGCCGAGUUCACGAUGGAGAGAGCGUUCUGGUUACUCUUGCCGCUUUCUGCAUUCCAGCCCACCCGCUCACGCGAGAUCUGCCUGACAUUGCCCACAAUGAAGAAUCCUCGAGCGCCGGACUUGGAGCUCGCACUGUCUGUCUAAUUUCG